AUGCCAUCAGGACCAUGGCAGGAUCUCUCGAUAGACCUGCUAGGACCUUUACCGUCAGGACACUACGUGUUUGUUGUAAUAGACUAUUACAGCAGAUAUUAUGAAGUGGACAUUACAAAGGAUAUAUCUAGUGAAAGGAUGAUUGAUGCACUUGAGAACAUGUUUGCACGUUAUGGACUUCCGGUAUCGAUUACAUCAGAUAACGGUCCUCAGUUUGUGUCGGCCUUGUUCGAGGAAUUUCUAUGUGAUAAUGGAAUUCAUCACAGACGUGUUACUCCGCUCCACCCAGCAGCAAAUGGAGAGGUGGAACGACAGAACAGAUCUAUCAUGAAACGAAUACGUAUUGCUCAUGCUGAAUCACGUGACUGGAAGAAAGAUUUGAGAACUUAUCUUUUGGCAUACAGGGGCACGCCCCAUGCUGUAACAGGUGUUUCUCCAGCAGAGUUAAUGUUUGGGCGUAAAUUGAGGAAUAAAGUACCUCAACUUGAUGUUCAUCGGAAUGAAACCAUCGAAGAAGGAGUUCGUGAUAGAGACUGGUUUGCAAAAGUCAAAAACAAACUUUACAUUGAUGAAAAACGUGGUGCAAAGGAAUCAGAUCUAGUUGAAGGAGAUCAGGUGUUAGUUAAACAGUCGAGGAACAAUAAGCUAAGUUCUCCAUUCAACCCAACUCUGUUUAAACUCCAAAGGAAAGUUGGAAAUCAGUGUACUCUUGUUUCUCCUGAGGGAGUUGAGUAUAAGCGUAACAGUACACAUGUAAAAAAGUACGUUCAGAGUCCAGAGUCUCUGGUAGAGAGCAAAUCUACAACUGCUACUUCUGAAAGUGAAAGUUUGACCAUGUCUGACAACAAUGUAUCGAAGCAGGACAAAGCCGAUGACGAUGUCAUGCAUAGGUCUACUAAUGAUGGAAUGGAAUCAAACUUGUCACAUCAGGUGGAGAUCCCGCGAUCAAGACCAGUGCGCGAGAAAACUAAGCCUAAGCGGUUUGAUGAUUUUGAAAUGACAUAA